AACUCUGUGAUUCCGCUGCUGAAUUUUUAACGCUGUUGUGGAACUUUUUUUUUUUUUUUUCCAGGCGGGUUACUGUGGCACCAGGGUACUGUUACACCGACAGAGACAGAGAGACUGGGUUCAGUUCAGUUCUGUUGUUUACUGAGGCUGGACGGACAGAGACUGUUCAUGGGGUUCACAGCCCAUCGUGUCCUGAUGCUGCUACGAUAAAAAAACCAUGACCCUCAACACCCAGAGAGAGAAGGAGCCCCUGCAGCGGCGAGGAAGCACACCCAUUCCUCCUGCAAAGUUCUACCAACACCCAUCCUGGACUAAAGACCCUCAGCUACCCAGCAGAACCCUGCCUGACCCGGAGAAGCCCCGUCCCCAGCGAAGCCACCCUCCUCUGGGACAGUCGGCAUCCUACCACCCUGGAGACAAGUCCCUCCACUACCGUGCACAGUGGAGUUCAGACUCAGAUGAUGAUUCACAGAGUGACUCGGACUGUGUUUACAGAGUGAUGUUGCUAGGCGACCACGGCGUUGGAAAGACCAGCCUUGCAGGAAUCUUUGCAGGGAUCACAGAGAAAGAUGAGCAACCUGGAGUGGACACAUACGAGCGAACACUGACAGUAGACGGCGAGGAAACCACACUCAUCGUCAUGGAUACCUGGGAGAACGACAAACUGGAGGGGGAGGACAGCUCUUCUCAGGAUGACUGUCUAAAGGUGGGGAGUGCGUACGUCAUCGUCUACUCGGUUACCGACCGAUCCAGCUUCGACUCCGCUUCCGAGCUCCGUAUCACAUUGCGACGCACCCGCCAGGCAGAAAACCUUCCCAUCAUCCUUGUGGGCAACAAGAGCGAUCUAGUUCGGUCCAGAGAAGUCGCUGUGGAAGAGGGCCGAGCGUGCGCGGUGGUCUUUGACUGUAAGUUCAUCGAGACAUCUGCGUCCCUUCAGCACAACGUGACUGAGCUCUUUGAGGGUGUGGUCCGACAGCUCCGGCUCCGUCGUGACGGCGGCGAGGCGGUUCAGCACAGACGCUCCAUCUACAAACGCAAAGAGAGCAUUACCCAGAAGGCUCGGCGCUUCCUGGACCGACUGGUGGCUCGCAAAAACCAGCGCAUGGCGGUCAAAGUGCGUUCCAAGAGCUGCCACGACCUGGCCGUUCUCUGAAAACACCGCCCACCAGGUGCGUCAGGUUGGACUUUCUUUGGCUCAUUGAGGUUGACUCCGGUUGUGAUGUCACGGAUGAUGUCACGGCCAUUGAUGUAGGCGGAGAUUCCCACAAAGACAAAAAAAAUCUGCCGUGAACAGAGUCGGCAGACAGUAAACGUACUCAGUGCGAUCGUUUUUCUGUUUGACUGUUUGGUCUCAAAAUGUUUGUGACUUUUCCUCCAGAUGACCUAAA